AGCUUCCAGCACCGGGGCAACCUGGCGACCCACCUACGGGUGCACACGGGCGAGCGCCCGUUCCCCUGCGCCGCCUGCGGGAAAAGCUUCAGCCAAAAAGGGGACCUGGCGCGGCACCGGCGCGUCCACACGGGCGAGAAGCCGUUCUCCUGCGCCGACUGCGGCAAACGCUUCUGCUCCAAGCAGACCUGCGUCCUGCACCAGCGCACCCACACCGGCGAGCGCCCCUACACCUGCGGGCUCUGCGGGAAGAGCUUCUGCCAGAACUCCCACCUGGCCAAGCACCGGCGCACCCACACCGGAGAGCGGCCCUACCGCUGCGGGGACUGCGGCAAGAGCUUCCGGCAGCGCGCCACCCUCCUGGAGCACCGGCACACCCACACCGGAGAGCGGCCCUACCGCUGCGCCCAGUGCGGCAAGACCUUCGGCUGGAGCUCGGCCUUCAGACCACGUCCCCAUCUCGGCGACCCCCCCUUCGCCUGCGCCGACUGCGGCAAAGCCUUCAACCUGAAGACCACGCUGGCCAAACACCGGCGCAUCCACACCGGGGAGCGCCCCUUCCCCUGCCCGGAGUGCGGCAAGAGCUUCAAGUACAAGGGCAACCUGCGCGCCCACCGCCUGACCCACAAGCCCAAUGGCCAUGGCUUCCUCUUGGAGAACCAUCCUGGGAU